AUGUCCCUCAAUGGCUCCACAUCAAGCCGAGUCGUCAUCAUCGGUGGCGGUCUUGCAGGCAUGACGACGGCGUUGGCUUUGCAGCGCGCUGGUCACAGGACGACUGUUCUUGAGCGCAUGCCCGAAUUUCAAAACUUCGGCGGUGCAAUACACCUGCCCCCCAACGCAUGCAGGGCGCUGGAAUCUCUGGGGAUGCUGCCAGCAUGCCAGAGAGAAGCUUUCGAGGAGCACCACAUCACUCUGAUGAGCUACUCCGAGGGUACUCUCCUGAAGCGAAUGGACCUGGUACCGGAUAUGCAAACCAAGUAUGGCCUACCCUACCUCAGCGUUGGGCGCGCCCCUCUGCACCGCGCCUUAGUGGACGCCGCACUAGCAGCCGGCUGUGUCAUUGAAUACAGCUGUACGUUCACGUCGAUCGACUUCAGCGCGAGCACCGUGUCUCUCGCAGACGGUCGGGUACUGGAAGCGGACCUUGUCGUCGGUGCAGACGGCGAGGGUUCGCAGUGUCGCGCUUUGCUGCUGGGACGACCAGACCCGCCCUUUCACUUUGGGCACAAGGUCUUCUCGUGCCAGAUCGCCCUUUCAGACCUACGAGAAGACCCUGCCCUGGCUGACUUAGCCGGAGACCCGGGAACGCGUUGGUGGUUGGGCCCCGGCACGAUGGCCAUCGGCACCAUUCCGGGCGGACCAGCUCAACACAUGAAUUUGAUGGGUGGUCUCCCUGAGUCCGAGGACACCCCCGUGCAGGGCCAUCCAGUUCCGGCGACUAAGGAGGAAGUCAAGCGUGUCUUUCAGUCCUGGGAUCCUAGGAUUUCUAAGCUUGUCGACCUCUCCGUCGGCUGCGUCAAGUGGACAUCGACCGCCACGGCGGUGCUGAAUGACGGCUGGGGCUCACCUUCCGGCCGGUUUGUCCUGCUAGGCGAUGCGGCGCAUGCAAUGACCCCGUAUCUGGCACAGGGCGCAGCACAGGGUAUCGAAGAUGCCAUUGCCCUGGGUGCCUUGCUCUCGCACGUCACGAACAGUUCAGAUGUUCCCCGAGCGUUGCGCAUCUUCCAAGAGGUACGCGAGCCACGGUGUAGUAGACUCAAGGAAGUCAGUAUGAAGUUGCGGGAUGUGUAUUGCAUGCACGACGGGCCUGGGCAGCAGAAGAGAGACCAUGAGCUCUUACACACCGAGUUGGGUCCCGGAUUCGUUAUCCCAUGGCUUGACCCUGAGUUUCAAAACUGGAUGUAUUCGUAUGAUAUUGCGAAGGAGGCGCAUCAGGCUUGGCUCACCUCUGAACAUUCUCAGUAA